AAUCGUCGCGAAUUUCAAUUUCGGUUGGUGUAAGAAUACAUAGCUUUGUGAGAUCACGCGGAAUAUCAAUCGACCUUUCAGCUAAAGAAGAUUCAGCCAUUACGCCGGCAAAACCAGGUCAUCGGGUGUUAACUUUUGGACAACAAAAUGAAUGCAGACCAGCAGUGGCCAGAUUAUGAGAAGAACCCAAAUGCCGAGGAAUUUAGAAAGGUGUUUGUUGGUGGACUUGACGCCAAGACCACUGAAGAUACACUGAAAGAAUACUUUUCCAGUUAUGGAACUAUUGAAAACUGUGAAAUCAUGAAAGAGCGAAACCAAGCGGCAAAAUCCAAAGGAUUUGGGUUCAUCACAUUUAACAACACGGAGACCAUUGACGAGAUCCAGAAGAACCGCCCCCAUGAGGUUGAUGGCAGGAAAAUCGAAACCAAGAGGGCAACCCCAAAACAGCAACAAUACUGGGCAACAAAGAAGCUCUACAUCAAGGACUUCCCCAAAGAGCAGAAGGAGGAAGAGCUCAUUGAAGAGAUGAAGGAUGUGUUUUCUGCCUUCGGCACGAUUGUGAAUAUCAAGCUGAUCAAAGAUAAGCCAGCUGAUAGCAAGGACGCUAACGCCGUCGGCAGCCUGAAGGGAUUUGGCUUCAUCGAGUUUGAUGAUGAAGAUCCCGUUGACAAGUGUAACUUGAUGAGGAAGUUCAAGAUCAAGGAUGCAGAGGCUCAUGUCUCAAAAGCCUAUCCCCAGGACAAAUCUAUGGGCAGAGGUAAGAAUGGAGGCAAUUACUACUACGACUACGAGAUGUACCCAUAUGAGUACUACCAGCCCGGCCCAUAUGGUGGUGGCCAGAGGCCCAACUUCCGCUACCAGGGACGCGGAGACUACCAGGGGUAUGGAGGCUACGACUUCUACCCCAGGGGGAACUACUCCAGGGGUGGUGGCGGUGGUGGUGGUCGCCCAUACCGUGGGGGCAGUGGAAGGUACUAGACCGCGAGCCCGCAGGUCAACAGCAUUCAAGUUAACACGUGAUGGGACAAUUGACUUCAGUUUUGUUCUACUUUUAUUCAGUGAAUCAUUAUCUUCGCAAUCAGGUUUUCAUCGAAAUAUUGUAAAAAGAAGCCUUUUUCAAGUAACUGUGGUUGAAUCGAAUUAUAAGUUGGUUAAAGUUGGUAAAAAUGGUGAGACAGUGGUUAAUUAAAGUUUGAUAAGAUCCAGGUAUAUAAAGUCUCACUUGUUUUAAGUCCUUUUCCUAUUAGGAAUCAACAUCAGGACUUAAAUCAUAUGUGAAAUUAUUGAUUCUUGGCACAAACAGUACCAAGGAUCAAUUAUUUCUUUGUGUUCCUCGGGACACAUUUUUUUUUGUCUUUGACAAUACACAUGUCAAAUAGGGCAUUCAUGUUUCUGUUAUGCCCCCUCUCUAGGGACAUGUGUUGUUGCUAACACAUAUAUACUGUUGUGCAUGUUUUCUUCAUGGUAUGCAUGCAAGGUUGUACCCCGAAAUCAUUGUUAUUACCAUGAGUGUGUGAGCCCAAUCAUAUGGAAGAUCAUUAGGGUAUGGGGAAACAUUGUUUUUUACCAGCUUUUUUAUACAGAAACCCCAAGGCAGCAUAAAAACGUUGGAGUCUCAUACCCACACCUCAGAUGGAAAAUAUGUGCAACGGAACAAUUUUUUUAUAUAUACAUCAUGUUUUAUAUUUUACACUCUCUGUGCAAAAUAUUUGCAUUGUGUAUGAUUUCUCUGGGACUUCUCGCAAUGCUCAAGUAUUUUCCUGUCUGAUCUUACGGAAAUACGCCUGUGUUGAGCGAAGUCCCCACAAAAAAUGUUAUAUAGAAGUAUUACCAUCAUUCUCGGCUGUGUUCACUUUUGAAGCAUGAGAUAAACAGGCGUGGAGAAGUUCAAAAUGAAAUGAAUAAAUUAGAAGAAAAUUGUGUUGAAAAAGGCUUUCAUUUAAUCAACUUGAAAAAUUUGAGCAUAGUUAAUGAGUGCUCGAAAACAGGAAAACCAACCUUUGUUGUGUCAAUAUUUCGAUUAAAUUUGAUUGAAAUCAACCAGCUUACUGAGUAAUUACACUUGUUAAGAUUGAUUCCAUUACAUCUAAGUGCAUUUACAGUAGUGGUGGGGAGUAAAAAGAUAAUUGGACCAUUUUAAUGGCAACAUUUUUGAGUGUUUAAUAUCUGUUGGAAGUCAACGAUUUAAAUCUGUUGAUUACAGGUAUUCAUCCAUGUAAUUGAUUCACUUUUUCUUCUGAUAUGAGGCUCGUUGCAUGAAGGAUCAUUUUAAAAUUUUGUGUAUACAUCUCGAUUUUACGUUUUUUUACCCCCUUGUUGUGAACAAAGUUUGGGCCCUUUGUCAGUUAAGCGACUCUCAUUUACAUGGAUGAUAUCUUGAAGGAAGGGGCUGCCUUAGCAUUAAUGAAAUCAAUAUUUUGUCAGAGUGGCCCCAGGGUUGGGUCCAGUUAUAAUUGGUCACUCCCAUUGGGAAAUCUGAUUUAAAUUGGUCACUCUCAUAGGAAAAACUGAUUAAAAUUGGUCACUCCCAUGGGAAAUACUGAUUUAAAUUGGUCUCUCCCUAUGAGAGUGAAUCCUAUUGAAAUGGUUCAUCUGUCUUUUUGCCUAAGUCCAUGAUGUAGUAGUUAGCAGAUCAUGUGUUAAUGUUCAUGCUUACUUUAUCGAUGUUAUUGACAAAUUGUGUAUAUUUGAAACCAAUGUUGUCAGUUUUGUAUGUAAUACAUUUUAAAAUGUGGUCAAUAAAAUGUAUAAUGUGCUACAUUUACAA